CACUAAGAAUGCGCAUCAUCUACUGGGGCCGAUAUCUUCUACUUUUUCCUGUCUUGACCGUCCUCUACUGGCUCUUCGCCUUUGUGAGGAUACCAAAAACGUUUGAACCUCAACGCCAUACCAUAGGCUUAGCAUCAGGUCCAUCAACUUUGGCCGACUUUCUGUCCUCUUCAAAAGAACAGUAUCUUCAAGAUGCCCGGAACGGGAGCGGUAAGGCCAAAGAAUGGACUGUGGUCAUGGGAAAUGAAGCAGGAG